GAUUCGUUUCUUCAUAGAUUUGAACUCCGAUCGAAAGAUAGACGAUCCUAAGAUGGCAACAGUAGACGAGAGUUCAUCAGCUAAGAGAUGGCUUCCACUUGAAGCUAACCCAGAUGUUAUGAAUCAGUUUCUUUGGGGGCUUGGUCUUACCCCAGAUGCAGCGGAGUGUAAUGAUGUGUUUGGUUUAGAUGACGAACUUCUUGAGAUGGUUCCAAAGCCUGUCCUUGCUGUUCUCUUUCUUUACCCCAUCACCAAAAAGAGUGAAGAAGAGAGGAUCGAACAAGACAAGAAAAUCAAUGAGAAGGUGCAUAAUGAUAAAGUUUAUUUCAUGAAACAAACCGUUGGUAAUGCUUGUGGAACCAUUGGUCUUCUUCAUGCUAUUGGCAACAUUACCUCCGAAAUCAAGCUUUCUGAGGGAUCGUUCUUGGAUAAGUUUUUCAAAACCACUACCAAUAUGACUCCUAUGGAGCGUGGAAGGUUUCUUGAGAACGACAGUCAAAUAGAAGAUGCUCAUUCAGCAGCUGUUACAGCUGGUGAAACACCGGCCUCAGAAGAUGUGAACACGCAUUUCAUAUGUUUAGCUUGUGUAGAUGGGGAGCUCUAUGAACUUGAUGGAAGGAAAGCAGGACCAAUUUCACAUGGUACUUCCUCUCCAGCUACCUUGUUGAAGGAUGCGGCGAAAGUAAUAAAGAAGAUUAUUGAGAAGAAUCCCGACACACUCAACUUCAAUGUGAUUGCCAUCUCUAAGAGAACCUGAGGAUGUUCCUAAAAAGCAAUGCUCUUGUUUCUGAGUUUAUGACUUGAUGAUCCAUUGAGAUUCUUUAUCUACGUGGAUUUUGUUUUACUGCAUUCUGAAUCUUUUUUUUCUUGUUACUGAAUUUUAUUUUUACUUUUAUGACCAUGGUUUUAAGAGAAUGCAUUUCUCGCCUAGUGCAAACAUAUAAAUCGAAAUAUA